AUGGCUGCAAAGGAUAGAGAGGUUCUUCCCGAUGUGGCCAAACCGGUUCACUAUGAUAUCUCCUUGUUUGACAUGCAGUUGGGUGACUCUUGGGGCUACAAAGGCAUCGUCAAGAUAGACUCGAAAAUCACUCGCUCCACCAAGGAGAUUAUGUUGAAUUCCAAGGAGAUCGAGGUCCAGAAAGCUGAGAUUUUUGGAAAAGAUGGGACGAAAAUAACCCAAGCGUCUGAGAUAAUCUAUGACCAGAAGUCAGAGAGAGUGACUUUCAAAUUCCCCCAAGAAAUCACACCAUCGGGUAUUGUCCUAUCCCUGGCUUUCAUGGGUACAAUGAACAAUUCUAUGGCUGGUUUUUAUCGUUCUAAGUACAAGCCUGUUGCAAAACCUAGUCCUGACACCCCAAGGGAUGGUGAUUUCCAUUUUAUGCUGAGCACUCAAUUCGAAUCCUGUGAUGCACGCAGAGCUUUUCCAUGUUUUGACGAACCGAAUCUGAAAGCUACAUUUGAUUUUGAGAUCGAAGUACCGAACGGCCAAACAGCUCUAAGCAACAUGCCUGUCAAAUCUGAGAGAGAAGGCAGUAGCCCUGGUCUGAAAGUAGUUUCUUUCGAGAGAACCCCCGUGAUGAGUACUUACCUUCUAGCUUGGGCUGUUGGUGACUUUGAGUUCGUCGAGGCAAUGACCCAUCGCAGAUACAACGGAAAAAGCAUACCUGUGCGUGUCUACACGACAAAGGGUCUCAAGGAGCAAGCCCGAUUCGCUUUAGAAUGUGCACAUCGUACUGUUGACUAUUUCUCGGAAGUAUUCGAGAUUGAGUACCCCCUGCCCAAAGCAGACCUCCUGGCUGUUCAUGAAUUCGCCAUGGGAGCUAUGGAGAAUUGGGGCCUUGUAACAUACAGAACGACUGCCGUUCUCUUUGAUGAGGGCAAGUCAGAUACUCGCUACAAGAACCGCAUUGCAUAUGUUGUUGCCCACGAAUUGGCCCAUCAAUGGUUCGGCAAUCUUGUAACUAUGGAUUGGUGGAACGAACUGUGGCUGAACGAAGGUUUCGCGACCUGGGUUGGAUGGCUGGCUGUCGACCACUUUUAUCCCGAAUGGAACAUAUGGUCUCAGUUUGUCGCUGAAGGAGUACAACAAGCAUUCCAACUCGACUCAUUACGCGCAUCCCACCCAAUAGAAGUGCCUGUAAAGAAUGCUCUUGAGGUCGACCAGAUUUUCGAUCACAUUAGCUAUCUGAAGGGAAGCUCCGUGAUCAGGAUGCUGAGCGAUCAUCUUGGUCGGGAUACUUUCCUCCGGGGAGUAGCUAGCUACCUCAAGACCCACGCUUACGGCAAUGCCACUACCAAUGAUCUUUGGUCUGCGCUCAGUAAAGCAUCUGGUCAAGACGUUAACAGCUUUAUGGAUCCAUGGAUUCGUGAUGCAAAUCCCGAAGAAGAUGAAACAACUUGGUGGAUUCCGCUUGGAAUCAAAUCGGGCUUAAACCUGGAGGAGGUAAAUUCCCGUGCUCUUGUUGCUAAGAUUGAUACUGUCCAAGGCGUCGGCAAGGAUUCGUUUUACAAGAUCAACAAGGAUCUUUCUGGAUUCUACCGCACGAAUUACCCGACUGACCGGUUGGCAAAGCUUGGUAAAUCUCUAGAACUACUGAGCACUGAAGACAAGAUUGGGUUGAUUGGUGAUGCCGCUGCUCUUGCUGUGUCUGGUGAAGGCACCACUGCUUCUCUGUUAGCCCUUCUUGAAGGCUUCAGUGAGGAACAGAAUUAUUUGGUGUGGUCACAAAUCGCUUCCUCGCUUACAAACCUUCGCUCAGUAUUUUCUCAGAAUGAGUCUGUAGCUGCCGCACUGAAGGCAUUUGCUCUUAAGUUGGUAUCACCUGCUGUCCACCGUCUUGGUUGGGAGUUCAAACCAGGCGAGGAAUAUCUUACUGUUCAGCUACGAAAACUUCUUAUCGGAAUGGCCGGCCUUGCAGGCGAUAAGACUGUUAUUGCAGAAGCGAAAAGACGUUUCGGGCUUUGGACUACGGGCCAAGAUAAGAAUGCAAUCCACACUAAUCUGCGUUCAGUCAUCUUCGGCAUCAACGUCUCGGAGGGCGGUUUCAAUGAAUAUGACUCUGUCAAAGAAGAGUAUCUCAAGACGGACUCUGUCGAUGGAAAAGAAAUCUGUCUAGCAGCCCUUGGACGCACCAAAGAUGCUGGGCUGGUCCAGGAUUACCUAGACUUUGUAUUCUCGGACAAAGUGGCAAUCCAAGACGUACACAAUGGCGCAGUCUCCUUGGCUGCGAACUCGAAGGUGCGGCGUCUACUUUGGGAGUAUAUGAAGGACAACUGGGGUGCGGUUGAGGCUCGCCUGUCGGCAAAUAACGUCGUCUUUGAGCGCUUUGUACGAAUGGGCCUUUCUAAGUUCGCAGACCAAAGCAUUAGGGAGGAUAUUACUUCGUUCUUCCAGCACAGGGAUACAAGUGCCUAUGAUCGCGCGCUAGUUAUUGUUGCGGAUAGCAUUCGGACGAAUGCACGCUAUAAGGAUAGAGAUGAGAAAUCAGUUCUGGAUUGGCUCCAGGCUCAUGGCUAUGCCUGA